ACCAUACUUGAGGCACUGAUACGUACACCUCCCACUGUAGCCACGAUCAGGCCAGUAUAAAAAUCACAUUUUCACCAUUACUACUUCUACUUUUAGAUAAACAUCACUGGCCGACAACAGCAGGAAUAGCACUGCUCCUCUUUCCGAGUCAAACUUCCACCAGAAGAAUGGGGACAAUGUUUUCCAUAUCACUUUGAAACUGUCAACUUUGGAUUAAUCUUUUUUCCCGUUCUAUCGACACUUUACUUGCGUGGCCGUCGCCUAAUUCUUUACAGUUUCCUGUGCCAAUUUUCAGUGAUUUAUCUAUCACUUCCAGCACCACCUCUAAUUACGUUAAAUCUUUCAUCACACGCUGUUUAUCUCCAAUUUCAUUUUCCAACAUUCUAUUUCGUUUUUACUUAUAGCUUUUCUAAACUUCUCUCUCGCCCUCACUUCCUCAACCUCUCUCUCUCUUUCCCUUUCUCUCUCUCCCCCUCCGCUCUCUCUUCCAUGUAAUCCUUCUGUCGGUAGAAAACGAAAAAGUAAUUAAAGGAUGAUUUUUUUUUAAACUUUCAAAAUACUUUCUAUAUUAAAUAAUAAAGUAGUCGAAAAUAAUAUUAGGCAGUUUAAACUUCUACUUUCCAAAUAGUGCAAAUAAAAUUUGUUAAAAACGCUGAAUCAAGCUCCCACUUAGAGGAGUGAGACAAAAGAAAAAAAAGAAAAGAAAAAGGAAAAACAUACAAAGACUAUUAACGUUUUGUAUAAGGAAUCGAAACAAAAACCUCAGGUGUCCUUUAGGAGAACAGCUGACUCUGGAGAAAUGAUCUGCAGGUUAAAACAGAUUGCUUUAUUACUUUUCUUUCUUUGUCGGACGAUGGCCAGAAGUACUAAAGGAAAAGACGUUCCAGAAGUGUGUACAUUGAAUGAUCAACAAUACCCAAUAGGAGCCACUUGGCACCCCGUACUUGCGCCCUUUGGAACCAUGCCCUGUGCCAACUGUACCUGUUUACCGAAAGCAAUUGUCCAUUGCGUCCAUUUGACAUUGGACUGCCCUCAACCGAAGUGUGUUGCUCCUAAAAUAUUACCAAACCGCUGCUGUCCUGAAUGUGAAGAUUUUGACAACAUUCCUCCUACAGUGCGGUCGGAGGGGGAGACGGAAUCAAACAAGAAGACAGGAUGUACGUUUUCUGGCCGGAACUAUGAACAUGGUGAUAUCUUUGCUUCCAACAAGACUGCACUGAAACCAACCAGAGAGAAUCAAUGUGUGAUGUGCAUCUGUUCCAAAGGAAGAAUCUUGUGUCAUUUGAAGACCUGCGAAGCAAUCAAAUGUAAGAAGACGCUAAACCUUAGUGAUGAAUGUUGUCCAAUUUGUCCAGAUGACCAAGAAGGUGGUAUUGAGUCAAUUGAUUAUCCAUCCAGGCCACAUUCGCCAGAAUCAGAUGUCAAAAAGAAUAAUGGGAAUAAUGCAUCACUUCCUCUUAAUAAUUCUUCUGAAUCUGAUUAUGCAAAUAGUUGCACAGAUGGAGCACACAAAAAUGGCAGCACAUGGCAUCCAGUUCUUACUCCUUUUGGGCCACAUCCUUGCAUUCUGUGUUCUUGUAUAAAUGGACAGACCCAGUGCAGUAAAAUUGAUUGUCCUAAAGUCUCAUGUUCAAGACCCAGAAAGGUUGAUGGCAAAUGUUGCCCUGUCUGUAAAAAAAGAAGAUGCAAAGGUAGAAAAUGCCGAAAAAGAAAUCGAAUUAAUACAACUCCUUCUACUGGAUUAUCACAUAGACCUGGUUCUACCACAACAGACCCUACUCAGAUUUUCCACAAUCUAUGUAUGCCCAAAGGUACAGAUCGCCUAGUGUAUAUGUCAAAUGGAACUGAUUCUCUCAUGCUUGCUUUCCACCAUAUCAAAAAGUCAAAAGUAGAUGUACUGCGAUGGGAUAUACCUAAAAAGGGUCGACUUGUUCAUUUCAGAAAAGAAACAAUGAAUGCAGAAGAUUUUCGUUCAAGAACAAAAUCUACAAAUAUUUUAGGUGCUACAAACAAAAAACGCUAUGUAAAUCGGUUCUCCAGGAAACUUAAAAAGCAAAUUAAUCGAUGCAAGAAAACAUGCCGGCAAAAGCGUGUGAUGCGAUUAUUAAAACAGCUGAAACUGAAGAAAGUACGUUUCACAGAAAUCUGCAAAAAUUGACAAACACAAAAAAAUGAGCUGACAUCAACCAAAAAAGCUUUGCAAUCAAACUUUGCCUCAUAGCAUGUAUGUUUCAGUGAAGGUGUGCAAAAUGCAUGUAUUAGUUUGAAGCUGUCUUUUUCCAA